AUACUGCUACCCAUUUCCCUACCCUAAUAUUUCCAAUUCAUACAUAACAAAAAAAAUAUGUUGAUUAUUUUACAAAAACAUUUUGUAUUUGCUUCUUAUUCAAAUUAUUUAGGUGCAUCACGUGGUUUUGCAUUCGUCGAGUUUAAUACGACUAAAGAAGCUGCACUCUGGAUGGAAUAUACUCAGGGUAUCCUGCAACUGAACGAAACAUGUCGUGCUACCUUGCAAUAUAGUCUAUCAAAGGAUUGGCAUUGUGGCAUGUGUGGUCUAUUCAAUUUUAAGCGACGUGGAAAUUGCUUCCGAUGUCAUGCUUCACGUGACGAGGGCGAACAAUCCGGCUCUGUCGACGAUGAUGAUAUGUCGCUUAGUCAUAAUUCCAAAGAUGGCAAUUCAAAACGCAGCGAAUGGUAUUGUGGCAAGUGUUACGUUUUUAACUUUAGACGACGCGACAGUUGUUUCAAAUGCCUUGCCUCGCGUGGCGACAGUUCAUACGGCGAAGGCAGCGAUGAAAUAAGCAACAUUCUUACCAAAAAGAUUAUGUUACGCAAUUUGGAUGUGCUGACCAAUGAGGAGGGCGUUUUAACAGCAAUUACAAAACAUGCACCCGAUCUGGCCAAGAAGAUUACCAAGGUUCUGGUGUCGCGGGAUGCCCUAACACAAACAUCACGCGGUAUAUGCUAUUUGAAUUUCGAUACACUGGUGGAUUCAAUGAAUAUGCAUAAUUUAUUGAGCACCCUGGAACCGCCUCUCACAAUUGAUGAGAAAGAGGUCCUUGUCACCUAUUGUGUGGAUCAUGAAAAUCGUCAAAUUGUACCGAAAAAGAAAAAAGACUCAUCGGACGUCGGUUCGGGUUCGAAAUCUGGUCAAACUUCCUCAUCAUCCGCUAUUGGACCAAUGACAGCUGCUGAAAGUAGUGCUGCUGCUGCCUCAAUGUCAUCGGUGGCAGGUCAAUAUACCCUGGAUGAUGUGCCGCGUUUAGCUGAAUACAGUGCUUCCCUUUAUGCCACAACACCAGCCGAACAUGCUCAAUAUUUACAAUAUUAUACGGAAUAUUAUAUAUCGGAAAUUAGCAGUGGUUGUUAUACAAAUUUGCCCACCGAUAGUCAGGUGACUGAGGCAAAUUCGGGGGCAGCCGUGGCUCUAUCGGCCAUCAAGCGUAAACAGGCCAAAAUGAAUAGUAUUGAGACGACAGCCACGGCUGCGGCGGCCGCAGCUGCAGCGGCUGCUGCUGCCGCCGCUUCUGCUCUGAGACCGGCAGUGGUAACACCCAAAGGCAAUGAUGGCAAAAUAUAUCCCACUCCUGAUGUAUCUCUCUAUCAAUAUGAUGAGACAUCGGGAUAUUAUUAUGACCCAACAACCGGUUUAUAUUAUGAUGCUCAUUCCCAAUAUUAUUACAACAAUGAAACGGGAGCCUAUUUGUAUUGGGAUCAGCGCAAGAGUACCUAUAUACUGGCCACCCCUGCAGCUGUAACAGCAUCUGUACAGGCUGCUGUUCAACAAACGGAACAAAGUGAAGCGUCUACCUCCAAUGCUGCCUCAACUGCAGCAACAACAACAACAUCAGGCACAAGCGAAGACAACGAAACCAAGAAAGAGAAAAAAGAAGGUGGCGGCCAUGGUAAUAAACAUGACAAAGUGAAAGUGGCCAAAAAGAUUGUUAAGGAUAUGGAAAAAUGGGCAAAGCAAUUAAAUCAAAAGAAAGAUUAUGUACCAAUUGCCCCACCACAAUCUGCACAAACAUCCAGUGAGGCGAUGCGAACAUCAUCGGCAGGUGGUGGAGGUGGUGGUUAUGCAGAUGUGGGUUUCUCCAUCCUUGAAAAGAAGGCUAGCAAUAAGUUAUCACCCAAUUUUAUGUCGCCCAUGACAUUGAGUGCUCCAAAUAAACUAAUACCAGCAUAUGGUUCAGAUUCGGAUGAAGAUGUACCGCCCGCAGCAGCAGCUCUGUCACAUAAGGCUGCGGCGCAUUCGCCAGGAGAGGCAAGUGAAAAGGAUUAUGUGGAUUUCCAGAAACUCACCUGUUUGCUUUGUAAGAGAGCAUUCCAGUCGUUGGAAAUUCUGCAGAAACAUUUGAAAAUGUCAAAUUUGCAUAAAGAGAAUUUGGCAAAAUUAAACGCCGCGAGGGGAGGUGGCGGUGGCCCGGGAAGUUCUAUGCACAUGGAAAGUGACAAAGAUUCCCUGGCAGCAGCUCUAUCCUAUCGCGAUCGAGCCAAAGAAAGAAGACAAAAAUACGGCGAAUACGAUCCGCCACCACCCAACCCCAGUCGUGAAUUCUUCGAAAAGGAAAUUAAAAGUUUGAACUCACGUAAAUCGGAAGCGGCACCGGUUAUGCCAAUCGGUUCCAACAAUGUAGGCAAUCGUCUACUACAGAAAAUGGGUUGGUCCGAGGGUCAGGGUUUGGGACGUAAAAAUCAGGGACGAACAAAUAUUAUUGAGGCCAGCACCCGCAAUUCAACAGCCGGUUUGGGCAUUCAUUCCGGUGCCGGGCCCAAUGACGACUAUAAGACAUAUAUAAAGAAAAUGAUGAAAUCACGUUAUGAAUCUGUAUGAACCUAACU